UGUUUUGAAGAAAUAAAUUUGAUCGUGAAAAAAAUGUCUGUACAAUCUUAUGAUUCAUUACAAUCUCAAGAUAUCUCAAAUACAAGCUUAUCUACUGUAAAUACUUCUCAAGGAACUAUACCAAAGAGCAUUCAAUGUAAAGUCUGUAUAGUGAACUCAGAAGAAGCUCAUGAUUAUAUUCCACAUGGCA